CGAGAGGCUUCGGGAUGGUCGGCUUCGAGUCGGUGUAGCUCGCGGCAGCCUGGCAAGGCGGUAAAGGAAGGGCGACCCGCGCGCAGGGGAUGUCGUCCUAUGUGUUCUACGAGAACCUCCCGGACGGCGUCCACGACGUGCUGCUCGGUCCGCAGAACGGCCUCUACCUCACCGGCUACGACUCACGCCGCCGCAUCACCUUUGUGCUCUACGCACCGCCCUUUGGCCAGCGGCUGCGGUACAUCUCGCAGCUGCCGUACCGGGACUACGGACAGUUCGCGCCCACUGUCCUGGGCGCGCACGAGGAGUCCCGCGGCACGCUGCUCAUCCUCCUCUACCAGCGGCCGAUUUCGUGGGGCAGCGAGUCGAUGGCCCUGUACCGAGUCAGCCCCGAGGACGGGAGCCAGACGCUGCUGAGUUCGACGCCGUCGCCCUUCUGGCCGCCGACGGCGCUGCUGCCCCGCUCGGACGGCUCGGUCCUCGUCGCCACCUCUGGCUCCGGCCCGCUCCUCCGCUACGACGGCUGCAACGCCACAGCGGGGGGCAGGGUGGUGGGCGGCGACCGCCGCAUACCGUCCUACGGCGGGGACUAUCGCUACGCCAGGGAAGACAAGGGCGUCGAAGUGCAGCUGCUGCUGUUCGAAUCGUUCGGCGGGUUCGGAAAGGGGGUCCGUGAGAUCCUCCGGAAGGCGGCGGACGUGCUACAGAACAAGCUGACGCGGGCCCAGUACCUCGAUGAGGUGACUUGGACCACCAAGAGCUGGCUGGGGCUGCAGAAGCAGCGCAUCUCAGUCGUUCUUCACACGGCCAUCGCAGAGCAUGUCGUGAAUGAGCUUGCCUGUGGCGGGGGUGGGCGGGUGCACACGGAGCUAAAGUCAACUCACGCGGUCAUGAUGAAGCUCUACCUCGCGAUCGUCGCGUCGCUCCUCACGCCCGCCCAGUCGAAUGGGAAACCUUGGCCCGACAUCGCGGGCUACACCCCCGGCUCGGACGUGAUCAAGCACGCCAACCUCGACCUCGACCAGCAGGCGCUGGAGGAGGCGCUCGGGGAAAGCACUCCGAACUUUGACCUGGCCGAGGACUGGUACGCCGUCGGCGGGAACUCGCUGUCGGGCAAGGCCCCCAGCGGGCUCCGCACCAUGAAGGGCUUCUCCACCAGCGCCGAGGGCAAGAUGUACAACGACUGCGUCGGCUGCCCGUACAAGACCUUCUCGGCCUUCUACGACUACGAGGACUUUGACUUCGCCGACAAGUGGGUGAGCGCCGCCCUCGUCGGCACCAACAUGGCCUUCAGCAGCGGGCGGCACGGCCCAUACGACUUCGCCACGCUCGGCGACACCGCGCGGAUCGAAGCGGUCAAGAAGGGGACGGCGUACAUGAACGUGUGGAUGUACGUGAUCCGCGACUGCGAGCACUGCCCGGACGGUGAGAACUGCAACGAGUUCUCGGACUCCGACCUCGACCCAAAUACCGCUCUGUACAAACCGGUACACUCGUUUGACGAGGGCGUCGCCUUCUACGCCGGCUCGCUCGAGGGCCCGAACGUAAGUGGCAGCUCGGCCGGCAAGACGGUUUACCUGCUCGCGGAGAAGCGGUACGCCAACUUUGACACCUGCGAGUCGGGGAGCACGGGGCUGUCGAACGUCAACAAGGGGCUGCUCGCGGAGUUCAUCGCGGGCGAGGCGUACCUCAUGGACGGCAACUGCUCCGCCGUGCGCCCCAUCGUCGACACGAUCAUCAAGCAGAUGGUGCCGCUCCGCUACGCGUACAAGGUCGGCUCGGAUCCGGUCUAUGAUGACGUGGGUACGGGUCGGUCGCAGAAGAACGCGGCGGAGGGCGCCGUCUUCACGGCGGCCGUGCUGCCCCUCGUCCACGAGUGCAACGUCGCCGCUGCCAAGAUCAUCAGCGAUGAGAUGAAGUUCGGCCUGUACGACCAGGGCGAGUACCCCGACUUCGCGGCGGUCAAGGCCGCCUUCGAGAGCACCUACGACUGCCUCGGCAUCACUUGCGCCGACGUGGGCGGCCUCUCGCCUGGCGGUGUGGCGGCGGCGUGCAACGAAACGAGUCUCGUCGUCUCGGUCAAGACGCAGAACGGCUUCUUCUCCAUCGGCGACGACAUCGGCGCCUUGAACGCGACGGGGAACGGGCCCAAGGGGUUUGUCCCCAAUUUUAUUUUUGGGGGCCCUUCGGGGGGGGGCGGCAAAGUCCCCCCCGGCUUAGCAAAAUUGUGGGGCCAAAAAGGGGGGGCCUUGGACGGAGCGGGCUCGAGCGCAACCGACGACGACCUCGCCUGCCUCGAGAAGAUCGUGUCCACCGCUGUGCCCUACGCAAAGCCCGGGAUGACGGGCAAGGAGCUCCGCGACAGCAGCGGAAUAUCGGUGCUGUUGUUGCUCGCCACCCUGGAGAACGUCGAGUAUGUCGCCGUCGGCUACACCGCCACGGGAGCGCCUUACUUCCGCGACACCUCGUCGCUCUACUACGUGUACUGGGACCCCGUCUGCAAUAGCAACGGGUUCAGCGCGAGCUGGAUCGUGGACGACGAGGCGCCGAGCAUCACCGAAUCGAUCGACCUUGACGAGGACGGAAAGUGUGUCUUCUUGGCGUACAUCAAAUCUGGCGAUUCAUCCUCGCCGCCACUUGGUACGAACUCCUGGUACGCCUGGUGCGGCGGCUCCUGGACGAACUACGACUUGGUCAUCGCCGCCUGGGGCGCAGACGCGCAGUUCGCGACGCUCUGCUACUCCACGGCCGACCACGGCUUCAGCGCCUCCACCUUCCACAGCCGCUGCGACCGGCGAGGGGCCUCGGUCACGAUCUGGCGGUACGAGAACGGCGUCAUCGCGGGCGGCUACAGCAGCGCUUCGUGGGCGAGCCCCUACUCCUGCGGCUGGUGGGCCACCUGCGGCUACUACGGCGCCUACUCGUCCAGCAGCACGGCCUUCCUCUUCUCGAUCUCCAAGAACCACAAGCACUCGAUUCGGAACCCGAGCUACGCCAUUGACAACGAUCGCGACUACGGCCCGAAAUUUGGCAACGGCGACUUCUACCUCUCGUCGAACAUGCGGACUGGCUACUGCAGGCUCGGUAAUGCAUACGAGUGCCGCGUUGGAACAGCCGGCUCGGCGGAGUGCGCCGACGACUUCACUGGCGGAGGCGCUGGGACAGCGCGAUGGGCCUCGGUCACGAUCUGGCGGUACGAGAACGGCGUCAUCGCGGGCGGGGGGGGCAGGGUGGUGGGCGGCGACCGCCGCAUACCGUCCUACGGCGGGGACUAUCGCUACGCCAGGGAAGACAAGGGCGUCGAAGUGCAGCUGCUGCUGUUCGAAUCGUUCGGCGGGUUCGGAAAGGGGGUCCGUGAGAUCCUCCGGAAGGCGGCGGACGUGCUACAGAACAAGCUGACGCGGGCCCAGUACCUCGAUGAGGUGACUUGGACCACCAAGAGCUGGCUGGGGCUGCAGAAGCAGCGCAUCUCAGUCGUUCUUCACACGGCCAUCGCAGAGCAUGUCGUGAAUGAGCUUGCCUGUGGCGGGGGUGGGCGGGUGCACACGGAGCUAAACGCGCAGUUCGCGACGCUCUGCUACUCCACGGCCGACCACGGCUUCAGCGCCUCCACCUUCCACAGCCGCUGCGACGGGCGAGGGGCCUCGGUCUCGAUCUGGCGGUACGACAACGGCGUCAUCGCCGGCGGCUACAGCAGCGUUUCGUGGACAAGCAACUACUACGGCGCCUACUCAUCCAGCAGCACGGCCUUCCUCUUCUCGAUCUCCAAGAACCACAAGCACUCGAUUCGGAACCCGAGCUACGCCAUCUACAACCAUCGCUACUACGACGGCCCGACCUUUGGCAACGGCGACUUCUCCCUCUCGUCGAACAUGCGGACCGGCUCCUGCAGCCUCGGUAGUGCAUACGAGUGCCGCGCUGGAACAGCCGGCUCGGCGGAGUGCGCCGACGACUUCACUGGCGGAGGUGCCUCGAGCUGGCAGAUCGACCAGCUCGAGGUCUGGGUUGGCGCGUGGGUUGUGACACGCGGGGUGGUUGCUGCGUCGGAUGCGGUUGCUGGCGGUGCUCUAAGGGGGAGUGCUUGCGUGGAUGUGUCGGAAUGGGAGGGCGGCUGCGACAAUCUCAACAGCCGGAAGGAUAGCUGCUGGAAGUCCCACGACGGGGUCUCGCCGUGCGUCUACUCCGACAAAGUUGGCAUGUCGACCCGUCGCCGGCGCGCGUUGACCGCAGUCGAUUUCAACACGGUCGAGUUCGCAGUGAUUGAGUCUUUUGCCUCCGGUGACCCAGCUGUGAUAAUCACGGCCGAGCAGCUGAUCCUCGAGGAUCUCGGCGACAGCAAGUUGCAGGUGACCAUCGUGCAGGUGACAGUCAGGCAUGCUGCAGAUGGGCCGACCGCAGAGGCCAUCACAGCCGCCGCAAACAAGACAGCCUUCCUCAAACGCGUGGCGGAGGAGCUUGAGGCGGAGGUUGCCUUCGGGGUACUUCCCUCAACAGUUGUGGUGGUUGUCACUACCAUAGCUAGCCCGUCCUACGUGUGGGACGACGACCUGAGAACGUGA